AUGCUCUCAAUAAAGUUUUUUAUUUUUUCAUUAAUAUGGAUAGUUCUAUACUGUGAGCGGGUAAAGGACAGUUCCUUUUUGACGAACUACAGCAAAUCACCCGAAGAAUUGACCCGUCGUAUUUUAAGAUUAGAAACUCCGGAACCAUGGGGGGAAUCCCAAACGUACGAAAUUACCACCACAGAUAAGUUUGGAAAUUUGAUUACCACCGUGUUUAACAAAAAUGCAGAGGCAUUGUAUUUUUACAUAAAUAAAAGGGCAUCAAGGGGGGAUGGAUCAAGCAGAGGAAAAAACUCUAAAUUCAGAAAAAGAAAAAAAAAGAAUUAA